AUGGCGAAGAGUACUAGAGUUUUUAACAUUGUUUUCUUUAUUUUAUUGAGUAUAGGAAUAUGUUCAGCUGCAAGAACCCUCAUCAAUCUUGAUGUUGGUAUUGGGGCUAAGCUGGCGACCAUUGGUGGUUAUGCCGGUGGAAGUGGUAGCGGUGAAGGUGGUGGCAGCGGAUAUGGUGCUGGUGGGACACCGGGAGGUGGAUACAGCAGUGGAGGUGGCGGUGGAAGUGGUGGUGGUGGCGGAGGAGGGGCUGCUGGUGGAGCACGUGGUGGUGCAUCCGGUGCAGGUGAAGGAGCAGGAAGUGGUGGUGGUGGAGGUGGCUCAGCAGGGGGAGCUGGUGGAGCAUCAGGUGGCGGCUACGGAAGUGGUGAAGGUGCCGGUGGAGCUCAUAGAGGAGGAUACGGUGGCGGUGGUUCAGGCGGAGGAGGAGCCUAUGCCGGUGGUGAAGGGGGUGGACAUGCUGGUGGAUAUGGUGGUGGUGAAGGGGGUGGAUCCGGCCAUGGUGGUGGUGGCGGCUAUGCCCCUUGA